AUGCGUCCUCACGAUCAUUUCAUCGGCCGCCAUUAUGCGGCGCGGGACGCUGCCGGGCCCCUUCCCUUCUUCAACCCCACUAGGCGCACAUUCACCCUGCCAACCCCUGCCGCCAAGGCCGCGGCCCGGCUGGGCGCAGCAGCACCUGGUGUGGGCCAAGAGCCGGGGCCGGAGCCGGGGCCGGAGCCGGCUCCCCCCACCGGCGCCUACCCCAUCUGGCGCAGCAGGGACAACAGGAAGGGGCGCCACGCCCUGCUGGUGGCGCCCGAGCACGUGAAGCCCCACGCGGGCGAGCCGGCGGCGCUGAGGGCGACCGAGAACCUGGCCGGGUGCCGAGAAGGGAUCUGGAAGAUGUUUGUGCGCUAUCCGGUCUGGGACGUCAGUUACGACGUGGCUGUUGUGUUUACCCUUGGCUCGGCAGUCUGGGUCAUCAACGGCUUCUUCUCCUGGCUGCCCGUCUCGGCGCCGUGGACCGAGUUCGCCGGCGAGACCGGCACCGGCAGCGGCGCGACGGCCCUGGUGGGCGCGACCAUCUUCGAGAUCGGGUCGGUGCUGCUGAUGCUCGAGGCCGUCAACGAGAACCGCGCGGACUGCUUCGGCUGGGCCCUCGAGGAGGCCUGGGAGGACAGGAGGCGGGGAGGAGGAGGAGGAGGCUGGGUCGCCCACCCCGUCCGCGCCGAGUGCCGCCACCACCACCACGGGUGCCGCCGGUCGCUCCUCGGGAGGGUGAGGCCGGCGCCUGGUGUCGAUGGAGCGGCUGACGGGGGAGAGGGCGGCGAUGUGGCAGGGCCUAAGGAUGGCGUGGAUGGGCGGGGCGAGGAGGAUCCUAGGACUGGGCGGCGCUGGCUGUGGAUGCCCAGCUGGUAUGAGCUGAGGACUCACUACUUACGAGAGAUCGGGUUUCUGGCCUGCCUGUCGCAGAUGAUAGGGGCCACCGUCUUCUGGAUAUCGGGAUUCACGGCCCUGCCUCCCAUUCUCAAUUCUCUGUCCAAGCCGGCCGAGUAUGGCGUGUUUUGGCUUCCACAGGUUGUUGGAGGCACAGGGUUCAUCGUAUCAAGCUUCCUCUUCAUGAUUGAGGUCCAGGAGAAGUGGUACCUCCCCGCACCAAGGACGCUUGGCUGGCAUAUCGGGCUCUGGAACCUGGUCGGUGCUAUUGGGUUCACCCUGUGCGGUGCCCUUGGUUUUGCUUCUGGUCAGCCGGGUAUGGAGUAUGCUUUGACGCUGUCCACCUUCGUUGGAUCUUGGGCAUUCUUGAUAGGAUCUGUGAUUCAGUGGUUUGAGUCACUCGACAAGUAUCCAGUGUCAGUGAAGGAGAAUCCCUAG